CUCGAUUGUUAAUUUUCUUUUGACCACUUUGACUUUGCGCCUGUGAUCUUCUUCUCAAAUCCAUCCAUGUACGCUCUCUGAACUUCUUCUUCUUCUUCUUCUUCUUCGUCGGUGGUCCUAGGGUUUCAUCGUUCCCAGAAAUUUCAUCCAGUUGUGUCAAUUGGAAUUGAUCUCUACAUAAAUUGUUUCCCUCAACCUCUAUGUUUCCGUGAUUCAAAACCCUAAUUUGUGUGUGUUUUAAUCGCGUUUCUAGUUAUUCGGUGAUGGAUCAAACACAGAACACAAUCGCCGGAAUUGGUGAAAUCAACGGUUCGAUAAAAACCGAAAUCAAUGCAAUUGCAACCGUCGACGAUUCAAAUGAGAAGCUGAACCAAAUUAUAAACUCGAAUCAGAAAAUUUUAGAACUCCUUCAUCAAUUAAAACUCACCGUCUCUUCUUUCACACCUGCUUCUCAGCUUCACCUCCUCCAACGCCUCAAUUCUCUUGUGAUGGAGCUUGAUAAUAUGGCUAAGUUGUCUGAUAAAUGCAACAUUCAAGUCCCCAUUGAGGUUCUUAACUUGAUUGAUGAUGGGAAGAACCCAGAUGAGUUUACAAAAGAUGUUCUUAAUAAGAACUGCAUUGCUAAAAAUCAAGUUACAAAGGGAAAGAGUGAUGCUUUUAAGGGUUUGAGAAAACAUCUCUUGGAGGAGCUUGAACAGGCUUUUCCUGAUGAAGUCGAUCGGUAUAGAGACAUACGUGCUAGUUAUGCUGCUGAAGCAAAACGGUUGGCUCAAACGCAAAGUGUGUUACCAAAUGGGGAUGCUAAGGUCAAGAGUGAGCUAUAAGAGCUAUGAAUCUUGCCUUUUAGAAUAAAAUUUUCAAGUAGAUCAAUGAGGAUGUAAACGAACAAGCCUUCUUGGAAUUUCUAUAACAUCCGUUGGUUCUUUUGCACUUGACUAAUAUAGUUUGAGAAUUUCUCCUUAGCUUUCUGAGGUCAUGACUCAUGAGGCUGUUAAAUAGUCACUCAUAGGUUACAAAUAGACUAGUCUCUUAGUUCUAUCGAUGGGUUUUGUACCUAGUAUGUGAUAGAUUCCUAUCAGAGACAUAAGAUUUGCUUUUUACUAGGACGAUUAAUCUUGGUUCUGUAUAAGAUAAUCUUCUUGCCGAAAGAAGAAGUGAUAUGGCUUUGCAUUGAGUUGGUUGCAAUUUCAAUUUUUGUCUUAUCUCUGGUUAAAGGAAGCUUCUCAUUAUCUUUAGCUGUAGUAAUGUUAACUACACAAGCAUCGUGUUUAGAUUGGCUUCUGUUUGACCACU